GUUGAUAGACAUGGAGCAACUUGCUGAGAAAUAAGGUUCUGAGGCACAUCGAGAAGCUAAAGCUGAAGAAGGAGUUAGGGGUGCCAAGCAAUGAGUCCCAGUGUGAAUUCCUAUAUAUGAAGCAGCUGUUUUUCAACUCCCACACAACCACCAGCACACAGGAUCAACCACCAGACUCUCCACACACUGGAGUCAUCAGGACUGAUGGAAGAGGCUACAGAGAGACCCUGUGGCACAUCGGACACGCCCCAAAAUAGGACCUCACAGAUGUCUGCAGGGUCAGUCAGCCUGUUGGAGUUCCAUGCAGAUCUGCUACAAUCACCACCUGCCUCCUUACCACAAAGUGCUCUCCUACUACACAUCCCUAAAACAAAGUCUGAGGUGAGCAGGAGUCAAGGAACCACACGUAUCAAAGGAAUCAGUGAAGGGAGAAAUUCAGUUCAUUUGGUCCUGUCUUCUCCAGGCCAGAAACCUUCCCAGAAGCCGGCCAUAGCUCAGCUAGCAGGGACUACCAAAGUGGUGUCCAUGUCCAUGAGGCCACAGCCUCCCUCUAAGCCCAGGUCAGAGAGGCCAGCAACAGGGACUAGGAUGUUUAUAUACAAGAGCAAGAAGGAGUCAGAGCAGGUGUCGGAGAAGGAAGCGGCAGAGAGGCGCAUCCGGAGAUCCAACUUCUUCAGCAGAUGUCUGGCUCUGAGCUCGGACAACACCGAUGACAGCAGGAACAGUGAGGACUCGGGCUCCGAGCCAUCCCACGGGAAAGCCCCACAGAAGGUCAAGAAAAAGAAAAGGAGGAAUCAGAAAGAUAGGUCUACGCAUGCACCAAGGACGCCCGCUGACGACAGAAGCUCAAAGAGCCAGAGGAGUACCAUGGCCCCUAACAGUAUCCACAGUGUCAAGUCCACCACAGAGCUGCUGGAGGAGGCACGGGGCAUUGUAGGGGCCGAGGUUGCAGAGAGCCAGGAGGACACGGACCCCCAGCAGAGACACCCAGAGGAGUCAGUGGCCACGACUAUGGGGCUUGUCAGAGGCAGAGGGAGGACGGUGGAUGAGAUCAUUGCCUCCUUACAGAGAGGGGACAGUGAUAUGCCAUCUGCCUCGGACCAGAUGAUCAAGGAGCUGAUGGAAAGAGUGCUGGGGGACAGCUACAAUGCUGACAACGAGACUAGUGCAGAUGGGUACAAGACCAUUCACCACCUCUGUACAACCCCAGUCAGCCAGGCCCUGCCUCUGGAGCUGCAGCUGGCUUCCCGGGUCUGUCACACCUCCAGCCAACUCAGUGCACCACCACAGUUUCACCAACAGAGGGCAGCACUACAACACAUCGCUGCCCAGCCUGACAGACACAGGAUAUUAAAUGAAGGCGUGCCCCGCGUGGAGGUGACUGAGUCUGAUGGAAAGGACUGUGUGAGUCACCUGCCUUCCCAGACUUCAGACAGCCUGGCUGACUGGCAGAGGAUCGCUGAGUUUUACGUGGAGAAGCCCAGGAUGAUGCUUCAUGGACAGGCGACCUCUCUGUGUUCCAACGAGCUGAAGAUGUUCUGGCACCCAGCGCCUCCUAAGUUCAGCUGCUCUCCUGCAUUCGUCAAACACAAACUCUUUCCCAAGUACCAGGCAACGUGGAACGAUCUCUCCAGAGAGGAGCUCUAUGGUGAUCUACAGGACCUGGUGGAAUCAGCCUGUGACCUGACAGAGAUGGAGCCAACCACCUCAGUGGAAAAUGUGCUGUCCAGAAAGUUCAAGUCUAUGAUAGACCUUAGAGUAACUGAGCAGUCACCUCAACCCUCCAUUGACAAAGAACAGUUGAAGAGGCCCUUCUCUGCCCCACACCUCAACCCUGAGCCAGAGGCCUUCCUCAAGGUAUCAUGUGACUUUGCCACCGUCACCAGAGAGCUGGAGGUGGUUCGGCAGCAGCUGUCCUCCACUGUGCUGGCUGAGGAGACCCAUCCCCAGGUUACUCCCACUGUCCAGCAGGAGGCCGACCACCAAGCCCCCGCAGCAGGCCCCAACACAGAGGAGCUUACCCCAGCCCUCAGCCAGAGUCAACUCCAGUACAGGAGGGACCGAGGCAGGGUGAUGAUGGCGGAACCCGUCAGGGGAGGCAGCAUAUCCCACUCGAAGAGGAAGGUCGCCAAGGGUGGGAAGAAGCUGUGCCCUGCCAAGCUGGCCUACAUCCACGAAAAACUGCAGGAGUCACCACGUACUCUCAUCAGGAGUGAGUCUGUGUGCCAGCUACUACCCAUCAAACCCACCACGUGCCUUUCAGAGGAGCCUCCCCUCCCUCUCCCCUUGCCUCGCUACCCGAGCCUACCCCUGGUGCUGGACUUUGAGAGCUUUGCCGCUGACCAGGGUGGCAUCCCCGACGUACUCCCUCCCCGGGAGUGGGUGAGGGAUAUCUGGGAUGCCUGGUUUGACCAGCUCUUCCCCCCACUGGAGGAGAGCAGCAGCACCUCCAAGAAAGAGUCAGACUCCUCUAAGAGGGCCCCCAGCAGCAGCCUCCAGAGCGGGGCCCUGAAGAAGCCUGGGGAGAAGGUCCUGAUGCUGGAUGAGAUACAGCCUCUGGACUGGGUGGACCUGUCUCUGACCCUGGAUCAGGGACUGACCACAGGCGACCUGGAGGGAGAGGUGGCCAAGCUGACCCAGGCUAUUGCCCAGCAGGACAGACCCAGCGCCUUUGACCUGUGUCGCAGGGGGGCGCUGCAGAAGAAACUGGGCCGGCUUAACCAGGCUCUGGAGGAUCUCAAUGCCACCAUUUCCCUAGAGCCCUACCUGCUGGAUGCUUACUGGCACAGGCACAGCAUUUAUCUGCUCAGAAACAACCAGAAUAGUGCUUUGGAUGACCUGAACUUUAUCAUCAAGCACACCAAGAAACAUGCAGAUGCCUUCAAGUCCAAAGCAGAAAUCUACAGAGUGAGAGGAGAGACCACCCUGGCUAUUAUAAACUACACUCAGGCCAUCAAAUGCAGACCUGAAGACGAUGACAACUAUUUCAAGAGGGCGGAGAUGUACGAGAAGAGGAAUGAGAUUCUACUGGCCAUGGAGGACUAUGCCAAAACGUUCACCAUCAACCCAGGGAGAACGGAUGCUCUGUUGACCCACGGCCUGCAGUACUUCCACAGCUGUAACUGGAUGGUGGCUCUGUCUGACUUUACUCUGCUGCUCCAGCGUGAUCCCAGCCAUGCCAUCGCCAGGACGUACAGGGGCAGGAUCUAUGCUAAGGUGGGUCAGUACCAGGAAGCCAUCGAGGACUUCUCCCUAGCAGUUCACCUGGACCCCAAUGACUGGCAGGCCUUCUACCACCGGGGCUGUCUGCUCAGGAAGAGGAUGCCUGAUAUUUCCCUCCAAGACCUCAGCACCUCAGUACUCAUUAAUGAUAGCCAAGAGAACCUGAGUGCCUUCCUGCACAGGGGCCUGCUCUAUACGGAGCGACGGCAGUGGCAACAAGCCGUGUUCGACUUUGAAGCUGUGAUCAAACUUGACAGGUCUGUAGCGCUGGCCCAUGUGAACCUGGGCUUGAUCUUCAUGUUGAAUAUGGGCCAGAACUAUGAAGCCAUCCGAAUGUUCAGCAACGCUUUGAGGGUGGACCCCACCUACAUCAGAGGAUACAUCUGCCGUGCCCAAGCCUAUCGCAAUGUCAAUGAUCUGAAGAGAGCGCUGAAAGAUCUGACACGAGCCACGCAUAUGAAACCAGACGCUCAACAAUUGUAUAUCAUGAGGGGCCAGUAUUUGUGUGACAUGGAACAGUUUGACCUGGCCACGUUCUGUAUCCAGUAUGCUGCAGAGAUGAACAAAGCACUAGGGUCAUCUCCCAUCCAGCAGGCUGCUGUCCAGUCUUUCCUGGGGAAUGAUGCCAAAGCCAUUGCCUGUCUGGAGGCAGCCUCCAACAACCGACCUUCACCUCCCAUCCUCAUUCUCCUGGGCAAGACACAGAUGAAGGCACGCAAGUUCAUGGAGGCAGUAGAGAGCUUCAGGAAAUCCCUGAUUCUGCUGAGCCCCAACGAAACCAACCUGUACAACGUCUCUGAAGCUGCAGAGGUCUUCUAUCUGACUGGACUCUGCUACAUGGCACUGGCUCUCCUGUUGCAGGCUUUUGAUGCGUUCAGCAACGCAGUGAAGAUUAACCCUGACUAUGCAGAUGCGUACCACCAGCGUGGGCUCUGUCGUAUGCGCCUGCAGCAGUCCAAGAGUGUUCAGGACUUCAACAGAGCCCUCUUCAUCAACCCCAACCUGUUCCAGGUGUAUCUGAGCCGUGCAGCCUUCUAUGGUGCUAAAGGGCGCUAUUCAAAGGCCAUCCUGAACUGCAACGAAGCCAUUAAGAUCCAGCCCAAGAGUGUCAGAGUCUACCUGUAUAGAGGAGCACUCAAAUUCUACCUGAAGGUGUACAAAGGGGCCGUGGAGGACCUGACCAUGGCCCUGAGGAUAGACAAAACCUGCUCAUUUGCACACUACAACCGUGGAGUGUGUUAUCAGCAACUCGAGGAAUAUGAAUUGGCUCUUAGAGACUAUGGGAUUGUCCUCCUCCUUCCCAGCAAGAAGGAGAUUGACCUGAAGGUCUUGAUCAAUCGUGCCCUUCUCUACGUGGAGCUGAGUGACCAUCACAAUGCCUUACAGGAUUUCAAAGCUGCCUCCUUGAGAAGUCCAGAGGACGCCACCAUCUACCAUGCCCUAGGAGUCUACCAUCACAGGCUGGGUCAGCUCCAGGAGUCAGUAGAAGCCUACAGCCAGGCCAUGCAGAUCAGCCCGUUCUUCCUAGAUGCCUACGUGGGGCGGGGCAAUGCCUGCAUGGACUACGGCCACACCCAGGCUACCAAACAAGCUCAGAGGGACUUCCUUUCGGCCCUGCACCUCAACCCCCUCUGCUCCAACGCACGCAUCUGCCUGGCCUACAACUUCCAGGUUUUCGGUUUCUUCCAAAGAGCCUGGAACCAGUUCACAGUGGCAGCAGAGAUUGACUCCAAAUGCUGGAAGGCAUUUGAGGGGAGAGCUGUCAUCAACCUGCAGAUGGGAAACACCUAUGCUGCUUUCCAAGACAUUAACAUGGCUCUGAAGCACCAUCCUGUGUCAGAUCAGCUGCUGACUAACCGAGGGGUGAUCAACCAGUUCAUGGGGGACAAAGCCAAUGCCAUGAAAGACUACCAGAGAGCCAUCUCACUCAACCCCAAGUAUGCCCUGGCCUUCUUCAAUGCUGCUAACCUCUACUUCUACAACAGGCAGUUUGAACAGGCCUGUGAGCACUACAGCCAAGCAUUUGAGCUGGACCCAGAGGAUGAAUCUGCGGUGCUGAACCGGGCCAUCACCAGGGCUCUGCUGAGGAAGGUUCCAGAGGCCCUCCAGGACUUCUCUGAGGCCCUGAGACUCAACCCUUAUUCUUCACACGUGUUCUUCAACCGAGCCAAUCUCUACAGCUCCCUGCGCCAGUACAGGAAUGCAGAGAAGGACCUCAGUCACGCUCUUCUCCUCCAGCCCAACGAUGCCCUGGUCUACAAGCUCCGUGCUGAUGUCAGAGGCCACCUGGGCUUGACUGACCAAGCGAUGCAGGACUAUAGAACAGCAGUGGAACUCCAAGAGGCACUGGAGGGCUGAGAUGAGCCAACCCCAUAUUAGCGAUACUAUACCAUCUGUUUCCUUAUGAUGCUACUCAACAUGACAUAUUAUGGUUGACUGAGGAAAUAUAUGCUGUUCAUCAAAGUGUGUACUUUGUGAUAUAUUGGGCAUCAGAAUCUUCAAUAUUUGUUAUAUUUGUUGUUAUAUGUUUAAUAAAACUUCCAUGACAUUCA